AUUGUAGCUAUCGUACCUAGGUAUUCAUCAGAUGGAGAUCUUCUUUCGUCAGUGCCUGGCCAGUUCCCACAUGAAACGCAUCGUCAUCAAAACGUUACAUUGCUGAUUUCAUGUGCCGCGCUGAUGAACUGACCGGUCGCUGGGCGCCAGCCCGCACGCAUUAUCUGCAUGCCUGCCUACCUUCCCUGCGGCUGAGCAUUUUUACCAGGAGCCUCUUUGCCAGGGAAUGCUCAUUAUGGUUGCAAACGACAUUGGAAGCAGGUACUGUCGAGUUACUCUUUCAACUUCAACAUCAUUGCUCUGCGGAACGGUUCACUGGAGAAUAUGGACACGGGAAGUCUAUCGCUCAUCGGCGGACUACUUUUUCUGUCUCGAGCCCAUCCCGAUUCAAGGCGUGGGCGCAUGCACUCCCGACAAUACCUUUCCUCUAUAGGACAACACAGCAUGAUGUGCAACGUCCGCUACUGCUCGACCGCUCGCAACAAAUAAAGCGGUUACAUACUCUUGCGCCACCAAAGGAGCCCGCGUCAAGUCCGGUGGGAAGUAUGGCAGUGAAUGCAUGCGGCAGUAGUCGACUCUGUGCCGGAAGUGACGCCGCCGCUGCAUCUGUCAACCUUGUUCACCUAUCGCCGUUCGGCUUGGAAAGUUUCUUAACCGGACAUCCGAUGAGCCUUCCGUUAUCCAGUAUACUCAGGGGUAAGGUCAGAUCGGUAUGGUGAGCCUUUCAAAUUCCUGUGGGUGCAGCGAAAGGCGUCCCCAACAAUUUGUCGGUGCGUGAACAUGGGUGUCGACGCCAUAAGCGGACCAUGUCGCGCAGUUGGCCUGCGGCCGAAUUUUCU